AUGAAUCAAUCUGAAAUACAACAACAAUUAGCUGAUCAACGGCGUGGUCGUUAUGUACGUGUUAGUGAUGUUGAUCGACGUCAAUUAAUUGAUGCAUAUAAAAAAGGCGAAGAUUUUAUAGCACUUGCAAGAAAACUGAAUAUUAAACGGUCAACAGCUCGAAGUAUUCUUCGAACUUUUAUUGAUGAAGGACGUGUAUCAGCCAAACAACGUGCUGGAACACGUCUUCGUUUUAUUACAGAAGAGGAAGCUGAAAUGAUACGAGAAAUGAAACGUCGUCAUCCAUUAAUAACUAUUGGUCAAAUUCAAAUGCGUUUACAACGUACAUCAACUCGUGUAUUAAGUAAAGCAUCAAUAUCACGUAUAUUAACGAAUAGUAUACGUUUGGGUAAACGUGCUAAACGUUCAGGUGAAGAUGGAGAUGAUGGACAAGAUGAAAUGACUGAAACAAUGGGUAAUGGACAAGAUGAACUUAUGCAAUUAUCAUCAGAUGAAGGUACAGGUGAAGGAAUAUAUAUUGAUGAUGAAAUUGAUGAAGAAGAAGAAGAUGAUGACGAUGAUGAAGAAACUAGAAUUACAGAAACGAAUGCACCCUUACAAAAUCUUGAUGAUUUUCAACGUUUUAUGUUACGUAAAACAAGUAUUAAUGGAGAUGAAUCGAUUGGUAAUGAAGGAGCAGCAUGGAGCACAAAAGAACAAUAUGAUGACAAUGGUUAUGCAGGAUAUGAUAGUGAAAAUGAAGAUGAAUUAUCAGAAAUUGAUGAAAAUGAAACAAAAUCUUUAGUUGAUCCUACAUUAAAUAUGUCUUUACUCCCAAUACCUAUUAAUGAAAAACCUGCAAUUUCUAUUGAAAAUGAUAAUUGGGGUGUUAAAUCUGAACCUGUUUGUGUAUUUGUUAAUCGAAAUUUCGAUUCAUCUGAUAGUGAACAACCAGCUACUAUUGACGAAGAAACAACAAAACGUAUGCUCAAUACUCAAUCAACCGCAAAUCGUCGUAUUAAAACAUGCCCAAUAUGUGGUGAAACAAAUUUCUCUCGUCUUUCUCAUCAUCUUACUGUAGCACAUAAUCUUAAUCGUGAAGAAAGUUUAACUUUACUUGCAUAUUCAGAUCGAAAUAAUAAUCAUUCAUCUAUUCCAAUUGUAAGUAGUAGUUCACCAAAAAAUCUCGAUAAAAGUCCACAACAAACUCCAAUAACAAUAAAUACAAAUAAUCAACAGAUAACAUCAGCAGGAUUAUCACCCAAUGGAAAUGAUUUAGAAAAUCCUGAUCAUCCUACAAUAAUAAAAACAAGUUCAUCAGUAGAUGAUCAACAAUCAGCAAAUAGUUUAUCAGCUGAUGGUAAAAAACGUUUACUAUGUCCACGUUGUAAUACAUGGGUUUUAAAUUUAACAGAUCAUUUAAUAAAAAAACAUCAUCUAGUAUCAAAACAAGAACGUUUACCAUUUUUACGUUUAGCACGUAAUCGUUCAUUAAUGAUAAAUGUAGAUAAACCAUCAACAAAUUCAUUUCUUAUUAAUUCAAAUGAACAACAUAUAAUACCAUCAGCAGUUAAUAAAAAAUAUCAAAAUAUUAUAAAAAAAUAUCGAAAAAAAUUUGUUAAUACAUAUCCAUCAUCUUCAUCAAUUCAUGAAACACCAGCACCACCACUGCCAGCAACUAAUUCCAAUCAAAAUUUAUUAACUACAAAUAAUAAUAAUAACAACAACAACAAUUCAUUAAAACAAAAUUCAAUAUCAAAAAAUACAAAUACAAAUAAAGAUAUAUCUGUACAUCAUAAAUUUGAACAACGUCUAUCAGUAUUUCGUCAACAAUUUGCUGUUACUGUUGCUAUGCAAAAUUCUUUAAUGCAACAAAUGGAAUUAUUACAACGAAGUUUUGUUUGUAUUGAAGAAGAAUGGAAUGAUAUGAAAAAAGAAAUUGUUGAAUCUAUCUCGUAA